AUGAAGGAUUAUGCAAUAUGGAAAAACUCAGAAGAUGGGCAAUAUACCAAUAAGAGUGCAUGGAACAUUGUCAGAAAUCACAUAACAAAGAACUUCAACCUCAGUCACAUUUGGCACAGUUCAGUCCCUUUCAAAUUUUCCUUUAUUUGUUGGAGAUUGUACUUUGGCAAGCUACCUUUCAAUGAUGUAAAGGCAAAGUUUGGGAACCAAGAUGAUAUUGAAUGUUUGUGCUGUAGUACUCCUCAUAUUGGGACUAUACAACAUGUAUUUGUGCAAGGUGAGUCUGCUGUCAAUUUGUGGGAAAAGAUUGGAGCACCUCUUGGUAUCAAACAUCAGAAUAUCUCUAUUAGAAGAGUGCUUCAAUAUGAUGGGGAACCAAACCUAAGAAUGGAGUCAACAAACUCUUACUAUAGAUUUCCCCCACUAUCAUAUGCUGGGAAAUUUGGAAAGCUUGGACUUCUUGUGUCUACUGAUGGAAUUUGGAGCAAUAUGUGUGAUUACAUAGAGAGGUUGAAACCAGUGGUAAAGUGUUUGACAGUAUGUUGGAACAAACCAGAUGAAGGCAAGCUUAAGUUAAAUACAGAUGGAAGUUUUAUCAGAAGCAACAACAAGGCUGGAAUUAGUGGAGUACUUAGAAAUGAUCAGGAUGAUUUCAUUAUGGCCUUUUCAGUCUUUGUAGACUGCUUUAGUAGUAACCAUGCAGAAGCUAUGGCAGCAAACUAUGGUAGCAGAUGGUGUAUACAACAUGGACUCAAUAACUUUGACAUUGAGUUGGAUUCUGCUAUUAUCACUAAUAUGAGCAAUCAAAAGUAUACGAACAAUCUCAAGUUGAAGCACAUCAUUCAAGAUACCACUAACACUCUAAGAAAUGCUAAUGCUACAUUCAGUCAUUGCUUCAGAGAGGCCAAUCAAGUGGUUGAUUUCUUGGCUAAAAAAGCUUCAACUAGUGGCAACUCAAUCAUCUACACAAAUUAUCAAGAUCUGCCCAGAGAAGUUAAAGGCAUCUUACAUUUAGAUAAGCUUCAAAUGCCCAAUUUUAGGAGAAGAUUUGAGAAAUGUAACUUUUUUGUUAGUUAA